AUAAACAAACAAACGAACAAACAAACAAACAACACAGUUACAUGCACGCACAAGCACACGAAUACAUGCAUGAAGAUCUCGAACAAGUGCAUUCCAGAGCUUGUUUUCUGAUUUUCUUGCUUUGUUUUUACGAAUGGUACACAGCACACACUGAAAAAGUAGGAAAUCAACUCAACAUCAAUGGUCUUAUUGUUGGCAAUUAACUCUCAGUGGUCCUCUCCAUCUCAUUUUCUCUCUCUGUCUGUUUCUUGUUUUUGUUUUUUUAUUUUUGUCUUUUUUUUGUUUUUUUUUUUUUUAUUUUGCUUUUGUUUUUUUUUUUUUUCGGUUUCUUUUCCUAAGCAUGAGAUGCACUUAGUAAAAGUAACUGUAAAUCUUGUAAAAACCUAGUUGCAUAGGUAUUGUGAGAUGCACACAGUCGCACAUAAAUAUACAAUCACACAACGACUUACGGACACAGCUACGUUCGCAACCAUACAAAUUGCACAAAUUGCAAUUAAGCGCAAUCUGAAUAAUGUGCAGUAAGCAAACCAGCACUCGCGUGCUCUCCGCUGCAACUAAAUGAAAAGAAAAACAAAAAAAAAAAAGCAAAAACAAAAAAUUGCAAGCAAGAAAAAGCACAAAAAAAAAAAAAAAGAAAUGAAAUAAAGAAAAAGUAGAAAAUUAUACCGAUCUAUCAAGUUCAUUGUGCGUUGACAAUCUGUGUUAUGACUAUUUGUGCCCAAUCAAGCAGACAUCGACACCGAACGUAUGAUAAUAUCGUCAACACAUCUCUCAAAUUGUUGCAUUUUUCGUUACUUUCAAAACUCUCGAACGCAUACACAUAAACACGCAUAGUAUAAGUGUACCCAGAUUCGAUUGAUCGGUGUCAUUGAAUUGGAAUUGUUUCAUAUCAUUAUAUUAUUUUCAUGCCUUCAGUGUCUGCACUGCAACAUUUCAAUUAAAAUUCGUGCGAGUUUAUCUAUCUCUUUUUCGUUUGUCUAAUAAAAUUGAUUGCCGUAAUGUUUGCCGCCGCUUGCUCGCUUUAAACAUUUGCAAUUAAUCGAUUUGAUUUGGCUCUUAUAUGCGCUGCAUUUACGCCAAGUGAAAAGAGGAGUUUAUAUCGCACAUAGGUGGAAGCUUUUUUAAUUCAGCGUCAUCUGUAUGUUGAUUGCCGACUUUAGUUAACCUUAAUACGGUUGCUGACUUGACUAAACGCAGUUAAACACCAUGGCUGAUUUUGUGACUGUUGUUGAAGUCGAUAAUCUUUCAAAUAAAAGCAAUGACAAAUUAUGUGAAAAAUUAACGACAACAACAACUACCGCAUUAUCGACUCGAAAUUCUACAUUUGUUACUGUAUUAUCGAUUAACAACACUGGCAGCCAUCGGCAACAAAAACAAGGCUUAGACAUUAACCACGAGCAUAAAAGUGAAAAAGAAGAAGAAGUGGAAACAGUCGUUGUAUAUCGUUUACCAGGUGAACGUUUAGGUUUCGGUUUAAAAUUUCAAGGUGGCACAAAAAAUUUGGAAAAGGUGCAAAAGUUAUUCAUACAAUCAUGUGCUAAGGAUAGUCCAGCAUCAAAAGUCGCCACAUCUUGGGGUAUAUUAAGAGAAGGCGAUGAAAUCAUCAGCAUCGAUAGUCGUUCGGUCUGUGACAUGACACGCAUUGAAUGCGUGAAGUGUUUAAAAGAUAAUGUAGCCAUAAAGUUGCUGGUACGUAAUGGUAAAGGUCAGAAGCCUGCAGGCAUCGAAGAAGAUUUGGACAAUGGAUGUACAAGCACUUCAGCGAAAUCGUAUAAUUUAGGCAAACCAAGUUUGCAAAUGCGUGUCGCACCGCCCCCUCCACCACCCAUACCACCUAGAAAGUUAAUUAAAAAACUUAAAGCCUCAAGAGAUAUACAAGCUAUAGAUAUACCCAACAAUAGAAAUGCUCAACCUGACUCCCCCGAAGGCGGUAUAUCAUUAUGUAGUGAGAAGUCUUUUACACCACCGCCCGACGCAGAAUAUUACGUAAAUUUGUUUGCGGACUCGAUCAACUCUCAUCAUUCGGUUCAUCAAUCAGUGCUGCGCAAUGCCACUAAUGAAUCGGAAUCGGAUGAUACUGCCAGCACUAUUUCCACAGUAAUUGACCGCUUUUCUAUGAACUCAAACUCCUCAGAAUCGGAUCUAUCAAGUUUCGCUUCAUUAACAAACGGACCGGCAGUGGUGAUCAAUAAGUCGGAACUGGCCAAGGUAUUGAAACCUUUUACUUUACUCGAAAAUGAUUUUGACGUGCAGUCUAACAAUCAUUCCUUGGAAGAAUGCUUUAAAGAAGUAAUAACACCCCAGGCCGAAGAAAUAUUAUUAUCUUCUAUUACACUUGUAUCGAGCAAUAAUUACGAGAACUUGGAAUCCAAGUCGGAAAAAAUUAAUACGUAUGAAAACAUAAUAGAAUUAAAAACGCAAGAGAGAAGCGACAAUAAGUCAAAUGAACAAGCCGAAGGUGAUGUGAAAAUUUCAACACCUACACCCAAGCCCAGACAGAUGACAACACCCAUAGAGCCGAAGAAACGAUCUAUAAUUCCAAUGCCCAGGAAAUUCAAUGCAAGUUUUAAAAUGGCUAUAGAAGUCCCGCCCCCAAAAGUACCAGACGGUGCGAUAGUUAAUGCAUCAAUCGCUCCAUUAAAUGACUCUUCGUCUUCGAGUAGGGAUUUUGUUACAAAAAUACCAAAAGCCAUAAAUUCGCCAAAGUUUUUGGAACGAUCCAAGACAGAAAGUGAGAUAAAACUGAGGACGGAAAGUAAGCUUGAAAAAGUCAAACUUCAAACGUCCAGUUUUAUCGAGAGAGAGUCAAUAUGUCAGAGUAAGUUAGCAUCCCCGAAUAAAUCUCGCAUACCUGUAAUAUUGAUCCCGAAAAAAUCAUGGGAAAAUGAUCUCAUUAAUGAAAAAAGAUCGAGUAAAACAUCUCCUACAAAUAUACCGCGCUUGUUGACCAAGCAGAAAUCAGAAACCGAUCUUAAAUUGGGUUAUUAUCAAAGCAAAUCGAAGGAAUCUAGUCCCGUAAUUGCUUCAAAACUACCUUUGCAGCGAGCUGCCUCAGCGGAGUCCAAAUGCAAGAGUCCCGAGCGCACGGGUAUACCGAUUCUAAGCCAGAAUAGCAAUCUGAAAGCUAUGUCAUCGUCGUCCUCCGAAUUUUUAAAUUCUGCUGCAUCUGGUAACAAGAUUAGGGGCCCUAAGCCCAAACCACCAGAGAGAGUUCAAUCAUUACAGAAAACACAAAUACCAAAACCUACUAUUACAUCAAUUGGUGGUGACGAGAACGUGACCACUGUGACCGUAGUCGAUAGAGCAGCUUUGAAUGGCGUUCCCAUCGUCGACACGCCUGCUAUGCAAACUUUUAAACAACAUCCAGGAAUUCUGAGUCAAACACAAAUCAGCGAACAGUCAAUAAUUUCAGUUAACCCGAAUCGGGAAAUACGUUUUAAAAUACAAACGUACGAGAGUAAAAGUCAGGCGGACUUUUUAAGUGCCUCAAAUGUUUUCAAAAGUAACGAGGAAAUGCCCAGUUUGUUCGAAUUAGUGCGCCGCAAUAGUCCGGCUUCACAGCGCCGAGAGGACAAUGACAGCAGAGAUUUGAAGCCAGCAUCUCCUGAGUGUAUUGACGAAGAGCAAGCAAAUAGAAGCGAUGAUUUAGAGUGUACGACACCUCCUCUUCUGGUGGUGGUGGGUAAAUGUAAGAAAAUCGAAGAAUCCAAUACUCCUCUGUAUUACUCUAGUUCAAGUAGCGAAGACGAGGAACCGAUAGAAACCAAUGAUUUCGAUGAGGACAAAGACUACGUUUGCGAGGAUGGUGAGAAAUUGGGACCACCAGAAUUAAUUAAUGGACCUGGACCUUCCGAGGCCUAUUUUAAUUUAUAUUGGCACACAAAUAUGUUACCAACUAUUGGCGAAGUGGAAGAGGAAAAUUCUUCCCUUGAACAUCAGUCUUUAACUAACGGACCGAGAGUGAUUGUGGACGAUUUGAGUCAUCAGAAAUCGUUGAAAGCGCAUGAUAUAAAAAUGAUUGAAGACGUAGUAACACAACCAUUAGUUCAAACUAUAUCGAAGGUUAAAAAGUCGAUGGGUGUACCAGUAGUGCCACCCACAGUGCCACAAACUGAAUUGGAAAAGUUGAAAAAAUCUUCGAAAGAUAUUGAAAAUGAAGACGUAAAAGAACCGAAAGCCGAUAGUGAAUUAAAAGUAAUUAUUUUGGAUACUACUUGCUCGGAUAAGAUAACGAAAACAAUGGAUGAUAACGAAAACGAACAAAUUAAUGAGAUGGCAGGGACACAAAAUACAAUACAAACAAUAACAACAACAACAACAACAACAGCAAAUGCAAUUGCAACCACGAAACCUGAAGAAUCAAGUGCUGGCAAGGAAAAAUUAGCACAAGAAGAAAAAUGUUGCGGUGAAAAAGUUUGUGUGCCCACAUACCACCAAUUGUCAGAUGAGCAUUGCAUUACGUCAAAAGAAGUCGUAACAGAAGUGAAGAAUGUGCAUAGCUAUCAAUCGAUAAUAAAAAAAACCGAACAAACGGGCGUUGCCGCUUGUUCUACGAAACAGAUGAUUAGAUCAGCUGGAACCUCCACUCAGAUUACUGAAAAUGCACCAUCUUCGGAAUUAUCCGGUUCUUUACAAAAAUUACCGGUAGAUUUUGAAAAGUCCAUGGAACCCGUUGCCUUCACUCUGCAGCCUUAUGUUGAACGUGUUAUUGGUAGUAGAGAUACUAUAGCAGCAGAAUGGACUUGUGAAACGGAUAAAAAACAAAUUUAUACAGAAAUUUGCAUCAGUGAUGCUACUGGUGACGAAAGCGUAGAAAAAUACGCAGAAAUUCAAAAGGAAGACAUCAAAAUAAAGAUGCCAUUUAAGCAGGAGCAAGAGAUGAGUAAUGAGGAGUUCAUGAUAAAACGAGAUGAACGGCCGAUAACUAUUACCGCUCAAGCGGAAACACGUCUAUCGGAAGAGGCUUUAAAUCCACCGGAUAAACAAAAUAUUGUUGGAGGUAUUUUGAACUUAUCGGGGUGUGGUGACCAAUUGCAAGCGAGUGACAGCGAAGGCCUCGAGCUUGUAGAAUGUGAUCAGUACGUAGAAGAAUUUCGUGAGGAUUCGCAACAAGUUCCCAAUAAAACCGAUGAUAGGAUUGUAUGUGGUGAGGAAACCACUCUGGUUAGGGAGCUUAAUGAGACUUCUAUUGUCAAAAGCAGCGAAAAACAAACUACAAAACGCCUAGAAACAACGAAAGAUAUAAUAUCGAAGAAGGGUCCGAAAUUAGUUAAAAAAACUGAGGAAGAGAAACGCUUGGAAAUGGAAGCACAAAAAUUAAUUGAAAGCUACCAAAAAGUGAGAAAAGAAGCAGAAAAGUUAUAUCAAAACGAAAUACGAACUUUUGCAGAUGAAGAAACCGGUUUCGAUCUGGGGGAAACGGGUAGGGAAGAAACUACACAACGAGUAGAAGACGGCAAGGGAAAUGAAAUUAUUAAAAUUAUUGAUGAGAGGAUCGGGUCAACGCACUCAAAAACUGAGUACAACGACAAAGAUGCUAUAGAUGAAAACUCUACCCAAGCUGUUGAUAAACAAGCAGAUGAAAAGAGUUCAGAUGACGAUCAGAUGCAGGUGCAGACAGAAAGUUCAACGGACGGAGGACAAACAGCUUCUGAAAAUAUUUUUAAUGAAGGACAUGAAUGUUCUUAUUUUUUGCACAAAAAAAUUUUAUCGCCUUCAGCGGCAGAAGAGGAAGCAAACGAAGAGCUUAGCAAAUCUCUGUCUAAAACUGCUAAUCGCUUGACUAAAUCAAGGAAAUCUGUAAAAUCUGUCCCAAUGGAGAGCUCGGACGAGGAUACAGCAGUUGCUGUACUGCAAAACAGAACCAAGCCAGCUAUUAGGCCUAAGCCACCCGUACCGCAAAAGCGUGAGACACACAAGCCUGUACCUAAACGGAGAGGUUCCUUGGAUAAUAAUGAAAAUGCAUGCAAAUGCGAUGGAAAUAGCGCUACACCAAUACCGAUGGAACGUAUUAUAGUUGGUGUUGAACACAAUUUACUAGGGUCAUCUGGAGAGGAGAAGGAUGAUAAAUCAGACUUAAUUUUGGCUAGUGAAGAUCUGUCCAUAGCCAAUAUAAACGCCUCCAAUUCGUCAGCAGAGGUUUUGGCGCCGACAUUAAUACAAAAGUCUUCGGUUGAAUUGUCAGAAACAGUUCAUUUGCCCGACGGCCCGAUCAGCACGGAUAAGGGCAUUAAUAUGGGAAUCGUAUCAUGUUCACCUGCUAUUGAGUCAGUGAAAAGCGGUGCCGAAUCAAACGAUAUGAAAAGAUGUAAAGUGGAAGAGAAAGUGGAUCACAUUAAAGACGAUAUAGGCAAGAAGAAGAGCAAAGAACUAGAGAGAAGUAUGCGAGAUCUUGAUCAAAGACAAUUGAACAAAAUGGAGAACGGCAUACAUGUAGUGCCACAAACACCAGCAAUUGUCAGCGAUUAUAUAACACUAACAUCACCGCCCACCUAUUCACGUCUACCACCCGAUGGCCAUGAAUUCCCACCCAACUUUACUGAACCUCUAAUAAUGCCAUCCAGCAAUAUGUUAAAGGCCACCAGUUUAAUGCAAAGCGUUACUACCACCACAACUGCCAAUUCCUGUACUAAGACGGGGCAAAAUACCACUGUGUAUAGCGAAAAAUUAUAUGCUCAAGCUAUAGCGGCCAGCACACGUAGUACGCAUAUUACUAACAGCUGUAGCAAUGGCACAGCAAUCACUACUGGAGAAGUUGAGCAACAAAAAAAAUUACCCAUCAGUUUAACAAAUGAAUCCGUACCACCAUUACCUAAAUCCGGUCCUCCAGCGGCAGUACCACGUAAAAUUUAUCGUCAAGAUUUGAUAGUGAAUGUGGAAGACAGUCGACUUAACAAUAACCUGAAUAAUACCGCAAACGUUUCUCCCUCCGUGAAAUUAAGCUUAGAAGCAAACCGUCACAGUCGCUCUACUCACAAUCUGAGUAGCAGCGCCAGUAGUGGCAGCACCACACCUACGGCCAUUAAACCAGAAGCUCCCACUUACGAUUCUAGUGAUUAUAGGCGAUCUUUAAGUGCUCCUCGCCGUCACAGCGAUUGGCGUAAGGAUGAGAAGUCUGAGAAAAGCGUACGAGAUAAAAUUGCCAUGUUUUCUAAUGACGACUCUACACGUGUGGAACCUGCCACAAAACCUAUAACAUUUUCGCGUACUAGCGGUACAAAUAAGCCCUUAAAUCUGAGCACUGAAAAUCUUUUAGAUUCCGGUAGUGCUAAGAGACAUGCGGUUAUAAACAAUCUUUCCAAAUCGAGAGCCAUGAGCGUGGAAAAUCUAAACGAUGCUAACAGACAGUACCAGUUUGUUAAGCAAAUACCAUCACAAACAUAUUCCGAUUCUAUGCAUUCCUUAAGCACCUUAAAAACCGAAUAUACCCAAAGUUAUGCUUCUUUACCACGUCGCCAUGCCUCUCAGCAACAGCUAGAGCGUAGAACAAGCUUUAAUGGCCAGCCAGUAUAUGUCCCCGAUGAAGCCUCUCGCAAAGCAGCAAUAACAAAUAUUUUAGAACAAAGAAGGAAAAGUCUUUCCAAGCUGCGUGGCUUGGUUAUUCCUGAAAGGCCUCACAUCGCAGUCUCUACUUUGGAACCUAUCUUAGAUUUACCGGAAAUUAAAAGCCGUGAUAGUGAGAAAAUUAAGCAAUCAGGCAAUACGUCGUCAACAGAUUCCACUGAUAGUGGUGUAGGCUCAGUGUCAGGUUGCCUAACGGUACCGCGGAUCUCUAAACGAACAGAGGUUAGUUCUACUACUGUCGCCACCACUUCAAGUUUAAGCAGCCCUCUAAGGCCUUUGAACAUCACCACACACAACAACAACGCUAACAUUGCCCUUAAUCGAGGUUCUUUUAAUCAAGGCUCAUUCCUUAGAACCAACAACAAUCAAAUGCCCACCGUGGCUCAAAGAAGAUUGGAAGUUUUAAAUACAAUACCGCCAGCUAAGCCACCAAGAACGUCUUUAACUGUUCCACGACAGUUACUCCAUGAGGAGAGUGAUUCUUGUGACUCCGUAUUCUCAUCAAGGAUUUCGUCACCACCCAUGUCUCCAUGUGUACCACAAGUGCCCGAGAAAUUCGCUCUUACUCGAACCCUCUCCUCAGAGACUAAUACCUCUAUAGCCAGUUCCACCACAUCCACUCUAACGUCAGGCUCCGGCUCACAAGCCAGUUGCUCAUCGGUGGGUAGUACUCCUACUGUGGAUUUAUCACGCCGGAUCUUGAAAUCUGGGUCAAACGAUUCGGCCACCAAUCGUAAGAACAUUUUAGCUUCUGCCAAAUGCCGCAACGGUCGCGGUGAUACCUCCGUGCUGUUGCGCAAUCGCCCUUACCACGACGACGAAGAUAGUACAGAUGGUUAUGACGAGGAUGAAGUCAGAAGAGUGCACAAGUCUAAACCAAGAUCUACGUUAUCAAGCAGCAGUUCCUUAAUUACUUUACCAUCCAAAGCCGCUUCUCCCACAGCACCUAUUAACUAUAAAUUGGUCUCCAAAAAUGAUCAAAGCCUUGUGGACAAAGUAAUUAAUGUGGCGGCCUAUGUAGAAGUUACUUCAGAUACAGAUGACAGCAGCCGCAAAUCAGCCGAUAGUAGUUCUCCUCUUAAACUCAGUGCCAUGUUUAUCGAUGAAGAACGUAAAAACAGUUUUAAAGCUGAUCAUAAUCAAAAAGCAGUUAGCAAACCCAAACAUCAGCAUAUAGAGCCGUCGAAAGUUAUUGCACCUAUAAACGCGGUUCCAGUUCAGCCAAUCACUCCGCAGAGAGCAGUCGAAGCUGUUACACCGAACGCGAAAAAAAUAACUAAUGACUCUAGUGAGUUAACUCAAUGGAUGCAUGUGGAAGUCGCUAAAUCCAAGAUUUUAAAUAAAACUGCAGAACGUUCGUUAAAGCCGGUUUUGGAAAAAUUUGAAAACUCUAAUACUACUACAAGCACAAGUAGCUCAAAAUGUUUAUACAGCACUGCUCUGGGAAAAUGCUCUACUAAAGUUAGUACAGCUGAGAUACGUGAGAAAUUUGAACGCUCUGCUGCCGUAGCCAAUCAUACAGUCUCACCAGCUGUGUCGACGAAUAAUUUAUUGAACGUCAAGUCACAAAUGAAAUCAAGCUAUCAUGAACGUUUUAAUUCACUAGAUUCUAUAGCUUCUUCGUCAUCGGGUGUCAGCUCGACAACCCAAAAUAUUUCAUCGGCUCAGGAGAACACCACCGAGUUCGGUAGCUUCUCUUCGCUUGGCAGCAAUCAGAGUUUGAUUACCGCUCAAGAUAUACAACAAAUCAUUGAGGAAGCCGAUCCUCCUUUAAAAACACCAGAAGCUUUUAUUAUCGUUUUGCAGCGGGAUACGCCGGAAAGUAGUAUCGGCAUUACGCUGGCGGGAGGAUCCGAUUAUGAAGCAAAAGAAAUUACGAUACACAAAAUCUUGGGCAACACACCGGCUGCUAAAGACGGUCGCUUAAAAAAAGGCGAUCGUAUAUUGGCGGUCAAUGGAAUGAGCAUGCGCGGCUUAACACACCGUGAAUCCAUAACAGUUUUAAAGACACCCCGCCCUGAAGUAGUUUUAGUGGUAACACGUUCCGAAUCUGUUAUAGUAAAACCUCUAUCUAAAAAACGUUCCUCUUUGGGUUCGCUGUCAUCUCUGCACGAAAAGCCCAUAGAAAUUGAUUACGAGAAGAAACGCAAUUAUCACAAAGCCUCUAGAUCUCUGGACUUGGACUUGGAUGUUAUAUCAAGUGAAGAUGGUGCUACAACUAGUAAUAACAGUAAAACAAAAACACAAGCAGUUACUACACCGACCAGUACAAGUUCCAGUAGCCGUAGUAGUCCUCAACCGGCUGUCAUAACAGAAUCAGCUACUCUAGCCAGCAUAAGAGCCAGGAGGCAAUUAACACGACCCGACGCUAGUAAAAUGACUACCAGUGAAUUACUGGAAAGAGCUCAAGAGACCCGCAAUGCUCUAGCGGCAGAAAUUAGAGCUCAAGAGGAAGCGGUUACAACCCUUAAUGGUGCUCGUACUGUGGAGAUCAUUAAAGAUAGCUGUGGCUUAGGAUUUUCAAUCGAAGGAGGUUUCGACUCUCCGUUAGGCAACAGACCAUUAAUCGUUAAAAAAGUCUUCAUGGGUGGUGCUGCUCAAAAAACUGGACAAGUACGUAACGGUGAUGAGAUCUUAAGCAUAGAUGGGGCAGCCACUACGAAAAUGACUCGUGUAGAUGCCUGGAAUUACAUGAAACAAUUGCCUCUGGGCCCUGUGAAAAUUGUGUUUGCUUAAUGUUUUUUUUAUUUUUAUUAUUAUUAUUAUCAUUAUUAUUAUUAUUAUUAUUAUUAUUAUUAUUAUA